GCUUGUCCCUCAUACCUGCCCGUAAUUUAGAUUGCGUGCAAUGCAUGCAAACCUGACAACAAUAAGAAAAGCAAUUUCACGAAAAUUCCAGCAGUCCACUAGUAUGAUACACUGAACCAGCUUGAGGAAAUCUUAUCUUCCUUGACUUUUCCCUCAAAGCCUUCUGCCUAUGUGCAGAUCAUCAAUCUGAAUCCCAUCAUGAAGUCCGUUGUCAAUUUAGUGGCUGUUUUCACUCUUAUGACAUUUGUUGUCGCAGGACCUGACCAAUUGCCAAGUCUUAGUGAUAUAAUUAAAACGGUCAAAGCUCCAAAGAAAUUUCUACUUGGAAAAUGUGAACUAGAUGUGAAAAUUGAUGAUAAAAAAAUUACCAUCGAGAUUGCUGUCGAUAACUGUCAAAUAAACUUGAAAGAAAUUAUCGACCAUUUCUUUCCCUCAAACAAAUUGGAUGAGGAAACAAAGACCUUCCUCGUUUCCCAAAUUGUCUUUAUGAAACUCGAAAUUGACACAGAAAAGAAAACUGUCGAAUUUGAAGCAAAGUCACCAACAAAAGUUGCUUUGGUAUAUGACAAGGUUUUCAAAGCAGAAUGGUCGAUUUCUGAUAGAUUUUUGAACAUAAAGUUCAGUUAUGAAAAGGCAUUCAAUUAUCAAAACAUUGGUGUUAAAUUGAGUGGAAAACUUGGCAUUGGGAAGCAAGAUAUCCUUUUGGAAUUUGAGAAGAAAGAGGGAGAGAAAAAGAUGUCUUUUAAGGCCAACACUGGCAGUGUAGAUAUAAAAUUGUCGGUCAAGGAUCUUGUUGGGGUUAUUGGUUUAGAAGAGAAGAUAAAGGAAAUGUUUGGCGAGGAAACAUUGCAGAAAAAGAUUGUCGAUUUUGCAAUGGAGAGUAUUUCAUUUGAGGGGGUUUUUGAUCCAACAACAUACGACAUAGAACUAGUGGUUUCUGGAGCAGUAAAGACAGAUUUGGCCCAGAAAGUGAAGUUCUAUUUUGUUCUUAUCAAAAUGCAAGGAGAGCCGUAUAAAAUUGCUGUUGUUGGAAACGUUGAGUCACUUGAAUUUCAAAAACUUGUAGACAUGGUAGUUGGAAAGAAGACAGAAAUAGAUUUUCUUAAAGGCAAAAGUCUUAAUGCAAUCAUCAUGGCAGCAACUGAUAAUAUACUUGUUCUCCAAAAUAAAGAUCUGGUUGAUGUGAUUAAAGAUGUACCUAAAGAGGAGAACGCUGCCAUCCCAAAAGGUCCAACCAUUGUUUUGGAUAUCGGUACAGCCAUUGAAGAUGAAUCAAAAUCAAAAGAGAAAAGAAAGCAGUUGUACAUGCGAUAUGCUGACAAGAAAUUCACCUUCAAAUUCAUACCAAAUUUAGAAUUAGACUUAUUAAAUACCCUUCAAAUGUUUGUAAAGAAAUCAGUCAAAACCGAGCUGCCGAAAUGGUUGGGUGAAAUAUCUGGAAAGAUCAAAUUUGAAAAAUUCGAUUUUGAUUUUGCCGGAUCUCUAGACUUGCAGAUUUUUGUUCCGGGCCAACUCAAAAUUGGGAGCCUGCUAACAAUAGCAGAUGUAAAAAUCAAGGUACUUCGAAAAGCAGGCCAAGAUAUGUGGGAUUUCAGCAUAGAAUCGUUGACGCAGAUUACUAAAGACGUUACAUUAGAAAUAGGCAUUGAGAAAAUCGAAGGUUCUUAUGAACUUAAAGGACAAAUACCAAAAAUCAGCCUCAAGGAAUUGCUGAAAUAUUUUGUUUCUAAUGAUAAAUUUGCAAGCGGAGAGUUUGAGAAAUUCAACAUGGACUUGAAGGCUGUUAGUAUUAGGUGGAUACUACCAGAAUCAAAGCCAACUGCACUCAAGUUAUCUGCCGAUGUUGACAUGACAGAUUUUACUGGAGUUCAAUUUCAACUGAUAGCUGUUGUGGAAAACAAUGUACCUGAAUGGAAAAUGGGUUUCUCUGUUCCAAAGGUGGAGUUGUGUGACAUGAUGAAGAAAUUUUUUGGAAAGGACCUAGAGAAUGCUUGUUGGCUAAAAGACGUCGACUAUGCUAUCGCAAUGGAUGGAAUCAAAACUGACGUGCAAUUUGAUUUGCAGCCAUUAAAGGGCAUACCAAAGCAAAGUAAAGGAUUCUACUUCAGAUUGAAAAUUCAAUUUCCAAAAGACUGUGCAGGAAAUAAACUGUGCUUGGAAGCUAAAAGGAUAUUAGAGAAGAGAAAAUCAAAGCGAAGUGGUUCAAAGGAUGAGAUUAUAGUUACGUUAGAAGGAGUAAUACGAGACACAAACUCCUUUUCAGUUGCAGCAAAACUCGAACUAGAAGAAAAACUAAGCGAAAGUGUGACUCUGUCUGAGUAUCAAUUGCUCAUUGAUAUGGAUGGAGUUAAAGGCAGCUUGUACUUCGGUGUCAAACUGCGCUUUGAGAACAAGAAGAGUAGUUUUGAUAUGAUAGUAAGCUUCUUCUUGGCGUGUCCAUAAAUAUCGGCGCCCCUAUUCCAGCGCUCGAAUUUGGUGGCAAAAUUUCAGUUGGAAGACCUGAGAGCAAGAAGAAGAUAGAUGCCAAAUUGGCUCUUUCGAUAUCUCUGACGUCAAUUGAUGACAUAUACUACUACGCAAAAGUCAGUUCAAUGACAGUAGAAGACAUCUUAGAUCUGUUUGAAUUGAAAGCCCCUAACGCUCUUAAAGAUACUGGGUUUCCUAAUGGCUUCACCGUUGCAUUUUCUCUCAGCCCAUCAGGAAAAGAAAUAAAAGCACUCGGUAAAAGAAUUGAUUCUGGACUAACUAUAAUUGGUGAUUUGAGACUGUUCGAAUUGCAACUCUCGUGCAAGAUUACAAUCGACGCAAACCAACCGAAGUUUCUAAUAUACAUCCAAAUGUCGGCCAUUAAGUUAACCUUGAUAUCAUUCACAAAAGUUCGCGGUGAUGAAAACGAAGGCCCUGAAUUUUAUGCUGAGAUUUCUUCGAAGAAAAAAGAAGUGAAAAUCAAUGCCAAAGUUACAGUUUUAGGUAUCAGUGCUGGCACCGUGAUCCAGGUAUCUGAUUCCCACUACGUAUUCACUGUCAACGGAAAGAUAUUUGGCACGUUGGAAGCUGAAUUGACAUGCAAGGCAAAGUAUGCCAGUCUCAAGGAUGCUGAGUUUUCGGUUGCUGGAAAAUUAAGUUUUAAAGAUACUAAAGAACUUACGAAAGAAGUUGAGACACAAUUAGAUGAUGCAAAGGAAAAAACCAAAGUUGUAAUGGAUGAAACUGCCAAGGCUUUGAAAAAUAUAGAAAGAAUGGGACAAACGCAAAAAAGCGCCGAAACCAGAUAUAAACAACGAUUGCUAGAUGUACAAGAGGAGAUUAAAAAAGAUGUUGCAGACAUCAAUAAACUCACCGAAAUCAAGGAUUGCGUGAAAAAGUGUAAACAAGUGAGCCUGGGUGGUGUUGUUUGGAAGGAGAACUGCAUCCUUGUCUCUGACAUAAACGGAAAGAAAGAGUACGUUGGAUGUCCAGAAUGGAAAGACAGUAUUUAUUCUUAUCCAGACCUUGGCUGCAUUGCAGAGUGCAAAGGAGAAAGUUGGUACGAGGUCUUAUGGGCAGAUACCAAACAAAUAACUGCAAGGAUUUCUGAUUCAAUCGGAGAAAACCUCGACUCAGCGAUCAAUUUUUUCAAAGAGGUUUGGGACAAAGUGGAGGCGCUUGUUGACGAUGCCAAAGUGCUUUACGAUAAAGUGAAGAGUGCUGUAAAAGCCGGACUGGAUAUUUUGGCUGGAGCUUUGACUGACGUCAUUAAAUUUAUAGGUGUGACCGAGGCUUCUUUUGAAACAACGCUGAAAGCUGCAGCCACGGCAGAGAUCGAGUUGGCUGUAGUAAUUGAUGGGAAAAAAUACAACGUUAAAGCAUCUUUGAACGGGAAUGUGCUGAAGGAGAUUAGUGCAGUUAUUAUUGAGCAUGUCUACAGUGGAUACGGCAGUCUUGUGGGUGGUUUGAAGAAAGCAAGAGGCUACAUCUCAGACGUUGCUAGCAAGUUGGGCAUUGUAGAGAAGGAGUUGGACAAAGCUAGUCAGGAGAAGUCUUCAAAGGGAACUAGAAGAAGCUAUGUACCUAGUAAGAAGGAAAUGGAAAUUAAAAGACUGAUUUACGAUCCAUUGCCAAGGCCCGUCCAGAACGAUUAUGCUACAGUUCGAGUGUUUGAAAAUUUCAAACCAGAGAAACUGAUGGCGUAUGAGUCAAUUCCAACAGAGAAGAAAUACAGAAUCGAGGACCAUAGGCCGUCGCGAAGAAGCACUAUAGAUGCUCUCGUGAAUUCUGAUCCCUGCGAUCAGCUGCGCUUUGUGGUUGAUGGAUACACAAAAAUAUCAAAUAUCCUUAGAAGUCUGAAGAGCGCCUUUAUCCAGCAAGAGAAGAGUUUCCGUAGAUCUGUAUCACAGAAACGAAAUAGGCUGAAGAAGAUGGGAAAGACAUUUGCAAGAAAAUGUAAAAAGACUCCAGGAUGCAAUUCCGAAAGGCUCGAAGAUAUUUUGCAUUAUGUUAAGAAGACUAGAGAUGCUACAACCAACUGGGUUCAUGCAGUAAGAUCGAAAGUGAAAAAGCAAAACAAAGAGGCGUUUAAUAUAUGGAGGAAAAAUCUAAAUGCCAUUUACAAUAAGAGGAGAGGAAUGAGUGUUAAGGAAUUUGCAAGCGAGAUGCACACUACAGCUGUUAGUCGGGCAGAUACAAGGAGCUUUAUCUCCCAUGAAGAGGCAGAUGGUCUGUCCCUAAUUUCCAAGUAUGUUGGUGACCUAUUUGAUGAAAAGACUCCGAUGACAAUAAUGGACGCAUAUCCCACGAUUGUCAAAAUAAACAAAAAAGUUGCAGAACUUGGGAAAUCAUCAAAGUUUUCGGAGAAAUGCCAGAACGCUAAAAAAUAGUUUAAUUAUUAUGUCUUGAAAGUGCAUACGUUUGACGAAUAAUAUCUUUCUGCCUUUGUCUUGCGUAUUCAAAGUGUAUGCUUUGAUUCUGUGUUAAAGUGCAUGGCUUUAAGUCACUGUUGCCAUAUCAACUAAUCCUUCACAGUGAUAGCCCUGGUCUAGUUUAAAUAAUUAAACAUCGUAUGAUGAGAAAUCUAUUUUAUGAUAUCAAAACAUCUAUGGAAGGAAAUUAACCGAAUGAAUAUCUGUUUUGAACAUUGUUGCAAUUAAAAAAUUAUUUGUAUUUUUAAAUUAUUUUUCUUUUACUUUUGGUACUACACUCUUGCAACAAUUUGUUCGCACUAUAUCUAGCAUUUUUCGUAUAAGUAAGACAAUUUGUUUUUUUUUUGGCCAUAUAAGUACAGCCUUAUUUGAUCUGCACUGGCUUCCAGUCAAACAACCCAUGUGGUUAAAAAUUAUCCUGCUUACCUUCAAGUGCUUGAUAGGAAAUGCACCUGUGUAUUUACGGGAUAUGGUGGAGAGGUAUGUGCCCUAUAGAACUCUCAGAUCGAGUAACGCGUUGCUGUUAAAGGUUCCUCGUUUCAAGAACAAAAUAUUAGGUGCUGGAACUUUUGUCUAUGCUGCAGCUAGUCUUUGGAACAGUCUUCCGUUUGAAAUUUGUUUUGUUGACAAUAUUGAUAAUUUUAAAUCUUCGUUAAAGACUUAUUUAUUUAAAUUAGCUUAUGAUGUUAUGUAAUAGGUUUUAAAUUGUAAAGUGUAUAUUAUAUUAUAUUAUAUUAUAGUUAUGCACUUUAAUCAUCAUUAUUAUAAUUAUUAUUUCUUUGAGACAAUUAGAAAUCGAUUGCAAAACGGAUAAAAAUUAUGGUAUCUUUACAAACAGACACAUCUCUGCUUUAAAAUAUUAAGAAAAAUCAAGAUUGAUAUCGAAAAGAAUUUAGCAACAUAGCUACUCUUUUGUCUUGCUAUCAGAUUUUCUUUCUAAAAUAACAAUUUUGUGAAUUUUUUCCAUAGUCUCAAAACAUUUGAAAAUUGAAAACUUAAAGUAAAUAAGAAAUUCACAACACUCAUAUCGAAAAUUACAUUAUGAAAAACAUUUCAGUUUACGAAGAUUCACUGUUGGAAUAACCAAUCCGAACUUUAAAGUGCCUAUGAAAUGAAAUCUGACAAGUUUAGAUAAAGGCACACUUUUUAUAAGCAAAACUGACUGAUUUCAAUGAUAUAUGUUGAGGUGAUUUUUUUUGCGGAAUUUUCUAAAAAUUUAGGCUGAAUAUCCCAUUUUCACGUUUUCGACUGUGAUAAAGCGCCAUUAUCUGUUACGUCACAAAGUUUGCAAACGCGGAGGCAGUUGACGUUUAGUACACGGAGGUCGUUAAUUGAACUACCGUUUAAAUAGCCGUAGGGGACAAUUUUAAGUCAGGGUACAUAUCCAAUCUUUUUUAGCGCAUCAAACUGUCCUUCUUUGCAAA